AUGUCAAGUGCAGCUUUUUCCGCUGUUCCGUCAGCUUCGGGAUUGCGAGAUCGCGUUUUAAAGCUUCCUUGGUGGAGUUCCCUCAAAAAUGUCACGUAUGAGCUGUGUAUGAAGUACAGCAUUCAUGGCUACAAAAAUUUGGUCGAGGCGAAAAGGAUGUCUCUGGAAAAGUUCAUUUGGUUCGUUGUUCAUGUCGUUGCGGCAAGUGUCUCACUUUGGAUCGUUUGGAGUACGUGGACCGAAUUUACGGAUAAUCCGACAAUUACGACGCUGGAAAGUCAGAAUUAUCCCAUCGGCAAGAAGGCCUUUCCCGCAGUUGCGUUAUGCAAUAUUAAUCGCAUUAGUAAAUCACGCGCACGACAAUAUGCGAUACAAUUAGCUCAAAAGUCAGUUGAACAACAAAGACUCGAAGGAAAUCUCGAUGCUGAAGUUACAGAAGAAUUAAUUGCGAGAUAUUUCGCAAACAUUCGUUAUCUCGGGCGAUUACUUGACUUUGACAUCGAAGGCAACGAAAUAUUUUUGAGCUUUCAGGAGGAAUUAGAAGUGCUCGAUCCGGAUCCGCUAUUAGGAAUGUGGGACGUUCAAAAAACCUUCGAAUAUUUACGUCCGAAUUGCGAAGAUCUUUUACUGUCAUGUCGUUUCCAAGAGGUUGACCACAAUUGCACAGAGUUGUUUAAAGCGCGUCGCACAGGAAUUGGCGUUUGUUGUGUCUUUAACUCAGCGAGACCUUCGGGGGAUAAAACCGACUUAGCCCUUGAUGCUGCCUUUCCUGUCGGAAUUGGAUGGAAAAAUGGCUUAAAUAUCGUCGUAAAUACCUCAACGGCGGACUAUUACUAUCCAAUAAUGAAUUUUCCGGGCAUCUUUGUCUUGCUUGCUGACCCAAUGGAAUAUGCUGACAUAACAACGGGCAACGCUCGCACGGAGAUAAUUGAUCCCAAUACGGAAAAUUUUAUCAGAAUUUCAGUCAACGUUUACGAAUCUGACUCGGAAGUGAAAAAUUAUGCUGUCGAAAAGCGAAAUUGCAAAUUUAGUGAUGAGGAUUUUGAAGAAUAUCGCGGAAGGUAUACGUACACAGAGUGUUUGAUCAAGUGCAAAAUCAAAAGUAUCAUCGAUCUUUGUGGAUGCAUUCCGUUUUUCAUGCCUAUUAAUCACGUGGAUUUGGUGAAAAAUACAACGCUGAGAUGUACAUUGCAGCAUAUUCCUUGUUUGAAUAAAUAUCGAGUAAAAUGGCGAACAAUUACCCCUUCAGUGCCCGAUAUACCCGGAUUGGAACAAGAAUAUCAAGAUUCCCUCAACUGUCCUCAGUGUUUCUCCCUUUGCGGCUACACUCAAUACAAAUUAGAAGGAACUUUCAAUCCAAUUAUUAAAAAUCCUCCCGGUGGAAUGCUCCAAAAUUACACAAACAUCACGGAUAUGUCCAUUAUUCGGGUAUUUUAUGCUGAAGAUACCGGUUUGCAGUACAAAAUUAGCGUCACAAACACGUGGUUUGACCUUUUAAGUACUUUCGGAGGCUUAUUCGGACUCUUUUUGGGCUUUUCCAUCAUGACAGUGCUGGAAAUUGUCUAUUUCUGUUGUUUUCGCAUGUAUCAGUAUCUCACGCGGCAAUUCGAUGACGAAGAAGACGACUUAAAAAUCAGUAUCCGAAAGGAAAUGUAUCCAAGUCGAAAGUUGCCGCCAAGUUACAAGGAAAUUGAACGAAGUCUUGUCUCCGGAUACAAUCGAAAAAUGAAAUUACACGAAGUUUAUGAGGAGGAAUAG